AUGGACCUAACCUCAAAAAGCGACAUGGAUAAAAGUACUGAGUCAUUUGAAAGUCAUCAAUAUCUUGGAAAUAGAUUACUUACCGAGAAUGAUUUACAUUAUCAACCGCGACCUCCGGCUCCGGAAGAGGCAUGCGAAAAAACCUUCUGCCGUUGGGGGGCAGAGUGUGUCUCUCUUGGCGAUGGGAGGGCUCACUGUGCCUGCCCUACAAGCUGUCCAUCUGCCGCUACGCCGGUUUGUUCCACUGCUGGACGUACAUACAGAAACCACUGCUUCUUGAGAAAGGAGGCGUGUGAACGAAGACUGAACUUACGAGUUAAGCAUGAAGGAGAAUGUGAAGCUGGCGAACCCUGCAACGCAGUUACCUGCCCCACUGGUGCUCGGUGUGUCGCAACCUAUGGACAAGCGGAAUGUCGAUGUCCUCUCAAUUGUCAGAAGCGCAAGAUCGUAUGCGGUACGGAUGGGAGGGAAUACCCUUCGGCGUGUCACCUCGCGAAACACGCCUGCGAGAACCAACUUAAUAUUACCGUAAAAUACCACGGAAAAUGCGAUCCGUGUUCAGAACACGAAUGCGGCGAUGGUAGCGUCUGUCAACUUAACGAGGUUCGGGCCCCAGUCUGUAGAUGUGGCCCUCCGUGCGACCUGAUCGUGCAGCCGGGGGCUGCUGUUUGCGGAUCGGAUUAUAAGGACUAUAUCAGCGAGUGUGCUCUACGUCUGGAGUCAUGUCGAACGAGGCAGCAGCUUUCAAUAGCUUAUAGAGGGGAAUGUGCGUCAGCGCAACACCCAUGUGAGUCUGUGAAGUGUGGAGUCCGGGAGGUGUGUACUCUGGAUGCCUAUGGGGUUGCUGUGUGUGGCUGCGGUCCAGAUUGCGAAGAGAUAAUGAGACUAGUCUGCGGUAGCGAUGGCAAGACUUACGACAACCCGUGCUUGCUCCAUCGCGCUGCUUGUCUGGAGAAUCGGGAUAUAAGAGUCGCUUAUAUGGGUGGUUGUGGUAUUGAAAACCCUUGCGCCCUGGCGAGUUGUCCUUGGGGUGGAGCGUGUGUCGCCCGCGGUGGUUCAGCCCAAUGUUCUUGCCCUGUCUGUGACUCGAACCUGGCACCCGUUUGUGCCUCCGACCAUAACACUUAUGGCAGCGAAUGCAAGAUGCGCAUGCAUGCUUGUCAGUCUGGUAUUGGAGAACACGAGCUCAAAGUGCUGUACAAUGGAACUUGCUUGACCUGCUCAGACAUCGUAUGCCAGGGCGGAGGUGACUGCGAAGUGGACUCUGAAUCCGGCCGACCUAUUUGUCGUUGCAACCACAACUGUACGGAACCAAAGGUGACAGAUGUAGUAUGUGGCAACGAUGGUCAAACGUAUUCUUCGCAAUGUGCCUUGGAUUCAGCAGCUUGUCGAGAACAGAACGACUUACGUUUAGCUUAUAAUGGCGAUUGUGCUCUCUGUGAAGAAGUGCAGUGCUCGUAUGGUGCUCACUGCGUGGCUGGGGAGUGCUUAUGCCCAACAGACUGCACUGGGGCUCCUCACGAGCCAGUCUGUGGAAGCACAAUGCAAACAUAUCCGAACGAGUGCGAACUACAAAAGGCGGCUUGUGGAGUGCCACCACCAACAAAGCUGCACGUCAUUUUCUAUGGAGACUGCAAAGAUAGACUCGCUGUGGUUCCACCUAUAGCUAUGACUACGACCGCGAUGACGACCACCGUUGGCGAGAAUGAGGCUACGGACUCCUUGGGGGCGACUGAUGAAGUAACCAGCCCAUCAGCAUGUCGCGACAUCCGCUGUGACUUUGAUGCCAGCUGUGAGAUCGGCUUUGAUGGCUAUCCACGUUGCUCUUGUCUCUUUGAAUGCCCCACUGAGGAUGAAUACUUUCCGGUCUGCGCGUCCGACUUUCGACUUUACCCGAGUUUGUGCGCGAUGCGGAAAGAGGGUUGCCAGAAACAAUUAGAGCUAAGAUUACGCCCGUUGGAUUUGUGUAAAGGCAUGGAAGUUAGGCCGUGCGGGAACAGCAAAGCAAUGAUCGAUACAUCCACGGGCCUGGAAAUAGACUGCGGAAACGGACCUCAUCGGCAGGACUGUCCUCUGGGGAGCUACUGCCACAUCACACUCACUGCCGCGAGGUGCUGUCCAAAGAACGAUAUGAAGCAAGACGAAGAAAGGAAGGCAACACACUGUUCGGCGAGUGCGUUCGGAUGUUGUGCGGACGGAUCGACGUUUGCGACUGGACCCAAUGAGGACGGGUGUCCAAUAACGAGCUCUACUUGCGGUUGCAAUCGACUUGGGUCGGUGUCGGAUCAGUGCGAUGAUAGUGGUCAAUGUGUGUGUCGCCCGGGCGUAGGCGGUCUUAAGUGCGAUAGAUGCGAACCCGGCUACUGGGGAUUGCCCCGGAUAGGAUCGGGACACACUGGAUGUAUACCUUGCGGAUGUUCAGCGUUCGGCUCAGUUCGUGAAGAUUGCGAACAAAUGACGGGACGGUGUGUUUGUCGAUCUGGGGUCCAGGGUCAGAAAUGUACCGUCUGCGCGGACCAUAGACGCCGGCUGGGACCUAAUGGCUGUUCUGAUCCUGAACAUCUAGCUAUAGCCGAGUCGUGCGCUGAGCUAUCGUGCUACUUCGGAGCAGUUUGUACAGAGAGGACCGGAGGAGCGUUAUGCGAGUGUGCUGCCGCCCCAUGUCCUGAUAGCGACCUUAACAUGCUGGUAUGCGGAAGUGAUGGCAAAACGUACGAAUCGGAGUGCCACCUCAAGUUGCAAGCCUGCAGGACGCAGGAAGAUAUCGUAGUGCAGGCGUUUGGGCCUUGCAAGCUCUCCGAAAUCCCUGCCACCGCUGGCCCCCCCAGACCAUCUUCACCCAUCCAAUUCACUCAGCAAGACGACGGCGCCGCUUCGAAGUCCACGAGACACUUGCUCAACCCCGACAAGUAUUACAAUAAGUACGAAUGGACAAGGAAGGAGACGCCGAGUGAUUUUGACAGCAUUCUCUCCGGGCAACGAACAAAAGGCUCGCAAACAGCAACGACGGCAACGGUCGGCGCUGUUGGCGCUUUACUCGGUGAUCUUUGCACUGAGGAUGCUGACUGUAAUGCCUUGCCUGGUGCUCAUUGUGCACGAGGAGGCUGUGUUUGCCGACCAGGCUUCACACCCACGACACACAGAAAAGCGUGUAUUGAGCAAUUAUCUACAGAGACUACAGAGGAGUACAGCGCGUGUUUGUCCGACCCCUGUUACAAUGUUGGCACGUGUAUCGACUUGCCCGGCGCGACAUAUGCUUGUGUGUGCGCCGCCCAUUACACCGGUAUCAAUUGUCAGACACUGCUCAAAGAUGAUUCUCCAGUCACGUACAUCGAGACCCCGUCCUUCGACGGAUCAUCCUAUAUCAGGCUGAAACCGCUGAAGGCUUACCAUAAGUUGAAUAUUGAUAUCGAGUUUAAGGCGUUUUCCGAAAAUGGAGUUAUAUUGUACGAUCAGCAGAAACCCGACGGUACUGGGGAUUUCGUUUCGCUUGCUCUUGUGAACGGAUUUCUAGAGUUCAGAUAUAACCUCGGCAAUGGAGCAAUAAUUUUAACAUCGCUGGAGAAAAUAAGUCUGAAUGAAUAUCACAAGGUGUCUGCGAAGAGAUACCAUCGAGAUGGAAUUUUGUCCGUGGAUAACAUGGAAGAUGUGGCUGGACAGUCUAGAGGCAACCUGAAAGCGUUGGACCUUGCUGAAGAUGCCUAUAUAGGCCGAGUGCCUACUAACUAUUCAAGGGUCUUCGAUAAUAUCGGAACCCGAAGCGCCUUUAUCGGCUGCGUGAAGUACUUGAGAAUAAUACGUCAUCAAGUGACAAAGAAAUUGGGUCGUCCCGACUCAUUAGUAGUCUCUAUAGAGAACGUCCGAGAGUGUCAAUCUAAUCCCUGUAUGAGUUUGCCUUGCAAGAACGGGGCGACCUGUCGGGCCGUGGACGGUUCACUGACUGAGUACACGUGCAGCUGCCCCCUUGGGUUCCACGGGCCCAAUUGCGACGAGAGAUUGGACCCUUGCGAGUCGAAUCCUUGUGGACAUGACGAGGGGCUAUUGUGUGAUAUUGGACCGGAUGGGGGACACGUUUGCCGAUGUCUGUUUGGCGAAAUCGGCUCUAAUGGGAAUACCUGCAAUAACGAUGUAAAUGUUAUUCAAGAGACGUGGUCUCCUCAAUUCAACGGGACGAGCUACGUCGAGUUAACGCCCGUGGAAGGGCUCGGAAAAGCGUUCCGGAUCGAAAUUUGGUUUUUAACGAACCGAUUCUCCGGAAUGCUGCUCUACACCGGCCAGUCCAAUAAAGCGAAGGGAGAUUUUAUAGCUAUUAACUUGGUUAAUGGCUACCUUCAGUUUAGGUACAACUUAGGGAGUGGAAUCGCUAAUAUCACGUCACCGGUGCCGGUAACUAAGGGUCGAUGGCACCGUGUGCGUGCAGCUCGCUCGGGCAGACACGGCAGCCUGCAACUCGACGACCACCCUGUACAGAGGGGGAAGUCGCCCCCACCCCUAACACACUUGGAGCUGACUCUGCCACUCUUUAUUGGAUCUCUGCCUUCCUUCAUCCGUCCCCACAAAAUGUCGGGGGUGACCAGCAGUUUUAUUGGAGCGGUGCAACAGGUCUUCGUGAAUGGGAAUCCGUUGGCCCUGUAUAACUCGGAUACAGCCAAAUGUGGCAUUGUCCUCGAGGAGGAGAAACUUCCUUGCUCUACGAGCGGGGUUACUAAGUACACUGGCCCGCCGUGUGGAAAUGGUCUGACACCGUGCAAGAAUAACGGAUCCUGUAUACCUCUAUUGAACGAGUAUAAAUGCUCGUGUCGUGACGGCUUUGAGGGUCGGAAUUGCGAGGUGCAAUUAAAAGUGGAGAUGUUGAACGAUGCUGUUCCCAUUAGGUUCGACGGGAAUAAUUAUUUCUCGUACAGGAGCCGGGGCGGACGCAGGAAUCGUGGUCCUCGCGGUAUUAGAUACGAAAUAAAAUUCCGUACCCUCAACGAAUCCGGACUGUUGGUGUGGCGACGCAAAAUCGGAAUACGACCACGGGAUUUCAUCGGACUCGGCCUUAGCGAGGGGAAAUUACAGUUGAUUUACACAGAUACGGAUGUGAGGGAAAUAAACUCGGCGACGCACGAAGAUUGGUUUCAAAGCGUGGAGUCCAGGGACCGAGUGAACGACGGGAUGUGGCAUACCGCCACGAUUAGGAGGAGGAAGCGACUGGCGAUGUUGCAGGUGGACGAUUCCCCUCCAGUUAGGGGGUACUCGCAGUCUCUGCUUGUACCCUCGAAAUCUAAUCCGAAGUUAUGGAUCGGUGGAUCUCCUUCCCUGCCACUGGGAUUGCCACCGUCACUCUACACAGGACUUCGCGGUUGUAUCGCCAGCGUCAAAGCAAAUGGAAGACAUUUAGAUAUCACGACCCCGAUACGACCCAUGACAACGAUACGAUAUUGCGGAUGA